CUCCCUUGUGUAGUCACUGUCACUUCUUCCGACUUCCUGUCGCUUGCACUUCGCCGCAUCGUACGAGAAGCCGGAAGUGUACUCGCUUCUCGCACUUGCAAGUGAUUGCCGUUCCAGCCUGAAACAUAAAAUAAACAUUUCGGUCGCGCCUGUAACGAGCGACUCAAAUCGCGAAUUCCGGGUACGCGCAUGGCCAAACGUUCAACAUAGGCGACAAAGCAAGAAGCCAUGUGGGGCAGCUCGAUAGAUGAGCGCAAGCUCAAUCGAGGCGAAAAGUCAGAAAGCAACCAAUGGCACCGCGGUGACGUCCAACCCACCGCCGGCCAGCUUCACGACCCGAACAAUGAUGAUGCAGAUGAAUCGCCAGAGGGUCGUGAAACUUCAGGAACGUGGGGCGAACGAGACGUCGGAAGAUUUGACGAGGGCCAGGCGAUGGUUCAAUACGAAGAGCUCCGUAAGCAUCUCGGCGAUCUCGAACGCACCCGUUCCCGAGAGACACAGAAUUCGUUGCGACGAUCGAAUACUGGAACCAGUCGCAAAAGCACCAAGAGUAAGACUGGUCCUAAAACCGACACUCGACCCAGCUCGUCAGGAGCCGAUAAGGAAAAGGAAGAUUCAUCAUCGGAUCCCGAGGCCGGUCCUCGCGAAGAGGUCGAGGAGCCACAAGAAGAGGAUGACUUUGAGCUCGACCAGUUCAUGAGAGAAGGUCAUUUUGAAAAGCGCACUGCUGCUGGUUCUGCCAAGCGCGUCGGUGUCAUUUACAAGGACUUGACUGUUGAGGGCAUGGCAGCGGGUGCGACCUUCGUGCGUACUUUGCCAGACGCCAUUCUUGGGACAUUCGGACCAGAUCUCUAUCACAUCCUCUGCGGCUUCUUCCCGGUAUUGGCUUUCGGUCGUGGAAAGAAGCGCACUUUGCUGCAUGGAUUCACGGGCUGCGUUCGCGACGGCGAGAUGAUGCUCGUCCUCGGCAGACCUGGAGCGGGUUGUUCGACGUUCCUCAAGGCUAUCAGCAACAAUCGUGAUUCGUAUGCUGGUGUCACUGGGGAAGUGUCCUACGGCGGUAUCGCAGCAGACAAGCAGAAGAAGAUGUACCGUGGAGAAGUCAACUACAACCAGGAAGAUGAUGUGCAUUUCGCCUCUCUCAACGUCUGGCAGACCUUUACCUUCGCGCUGAUGAACAAGACCAAGAAGAAGGCGCAGAAGGACAUUCCACUGAUUGCUGAAGCAUUGAUGAAGAUGUUCGGCAUCAGCCACACCAAGUAUACACUCGUUGGUGAUGACUAUACUCGAGGUGUCUCAGGAGGAGAGCGCAAGCGUGUCUCGAUCGCCGAGACGCUAGCAAGUAAAUCCACUGUGAUCUGUUGGGACAACAGCACCCGCGGAUUAGACGCUUCGACCGCGUUGGACUAUGCUCGCUCGCUUCGUAUCAUGACCGACGUCAGCAAUAGAACCACGCUCGUCACGCUCUACCAGGCUGGAGAGGGAAUCUACGAGCUCAUGGACAAGGUUUUGGUCAUUGAUCAAGGCCGUGAGAUUUACUCAGGUCCAGCAAAGGAAGCAAAACAAUACUUCAUCGAUCUUGGCUACGAGUGCCCCGAACGCCAGACGACUGCCGACUUCUUGACUGCCAUCACUGAUCCCAUCGAGCGACGCUUCCGCAAGGGCCACGAAGAUAGUACCCCCAAGACACCCGAAGACCUUGAGCGGGCAUUCCGACAGUCUGCCAAUUACAAGGCUGUCCUGGAAGACAUUGCUGACUACGAAACCUAUCUCAAAGAAUCCAACUUCGAAGAUGCGAAAACUUUCGAAGACGCCGUCCAAGAAGGCAAAUCGAAGCGCGUGUCGAAGAAAUCAAGCUACACGGUAUCCUUUCCCCGACAAGUCCUGGCUUGCACCAAACGAGAAUUCUGGCUUCUCUUCGGUGAUACUACGACUCUCUACACCAAACUCUUCAUUAUCAUCUCGAACGGUCUCAUCGUCGGAUCCCUGUUCUAUGGCGAGUCUCCAGAUACGGAAGGCGCCUUCUCCCGAGGUGGUGCGCUUUUCUUCUCUAUCCUGUUCCUCGGUUGGCUUCAACUCACUGAGCUUAUGAAGGCGGUCAGUGGAAGAGCUGUUGUGGCUCGUCAUCAUGACUACGCAUUCUAUCGCCCUUCAGCUGUCAGCAUCGCCCGUGUCAUUGCCGAUUUGCCUGUGAUCCUGGUUCAAGUCAUCAUCUUUGGCAUCCUCAUGUACUUCAUGACCAACCUGACCAUCACAGCCGGACGUUUCUUCAUCUAUAUGCUCUUCGUCUACAUAACAACGAUUCUCCUAACAGCUCUCUACCGAAUGUUUGCGUCGCUCAGUCCGGAAAUUGACACAGCUGUGCGCUUCUCUGGUAUUGCCCUCAACUUGUUGAUCAUCUACACCGGUUAUGUCAUUCCUCGGACCCAGCUCUUGCAGAAAUACAUCUGGUUUGGAUGGAUCUACUGGAUUAAUCCUCUCGCCUACUCAUUUGAGGCUGUCCUUACGAAUGAAUUUGCGGGUCGAACCAUGGAGUGUUCCCCAUCGAACUUGGUUCCGCAGGCUGUUCCCGGUGGACCUGCCGUCGAUCCGGCCUUUCAGGGCUGUGCAUUGGCCGGUGCUGCAAUCAAUGCUAAGUCCGUAUCCGGUUCCGACUAUCUGGAAACUCAAUACAACUACUCUCGAUCGCACCUCUGGCGCAACUUCGGUGUCGUCAUCGCGUUCAUUGUGCUGUACAUCCUUGUCACUGUUAUCUGCACGGAAAAGUUCAGCUUUACCAAGGAAGGAGGAGGUGCGCUAGUUUUCAAGAAAUCCAAACGCUCCAGAAAGGCCGUUCAAACAGCGGCACCAGAUGAUGAGGAGAGUGCAGUGGCGAAGGGUGACAGCGACGGCUCCGCCGAUCCGACCACGGGUCUGGAAGCCGCUGAAGAAGUCGAAAAGGAGGAUGAAGCAUUGAAGCAACUUACCAAGAGCGAGAGUAUUUUCACUUGGCGGGAUGUCACCUAUAGCGUUCCUUACCUUGGAGGUGAGAAGCAGCUCCUUAACAACGUGAACGGCUAUGCAAAGCCCGGUGUCAUGGUGGCCCUGAUGGGUGCAUCGGGUGCCGGCAAGACAACACUGCUCAAUACCCUGGCCCAAAGGCAAAACAUGGGUGUCGUUGGUGGUGAGAUGUUUGUUGACGGUCGCCCCCUCGGACCUGAGUUUCAGCGCAACACGGGCUUCUGUCUGCAAGGUGAUCUCCACGAUGGUACAGCGACCAUCAGAGAGGCACUGGAGUUCUCAGCAGUUCUGCGGCAAAGUCACACCAUCCCGCGUGCGGAGAAGAUCGCCUAUGUGGAUAAGAUCAUCGAUUUACUCGAACUCAACGACAUGCAGGAUGCCAUAAUUUCCAGCCUAGGUGUGGAGCAGCGCAAGCGUCUCACUAUCGGAGUAGAACUUGCUGCAAAGCCAUCACUUCUGUUGUUUUUGGACGAGCCGACUUCUGGUCUUGACUCGCAGAGCGCUUUCUCCAUCGUGCGGUUCCUUCGCAAGCUUGCCGCUUCUGGUCAAGCUAUCGUCUGCACCAUUCACCAACCGUCAUCUGUCUUGAUACAACAAUUCGACAUGAUCCUUGCGUUGAACCCUGGCGGCAACACUUUCUACUUCGGUCCCGUUGGCGAAAACGGCUCAGACGUGAUCAAGUACUUCUCGCAACGCGGCAUUGACUGUCCACCGGAGAAGAAUGUGGCCGAGUUCAUUCUUGAAACCGCAGCUAAGCCCCAUAAACGAAGCGACGGCACUCGCGUUGACUGGAACGAGGAAUGGCGUACUUCACCACAAGCUCAAGAGGUCAUCGAAGAGAUCGAAGGUCUCAAACUCACCAGGAGUAAGUCGAUACCCGAGAAGAUUCGCAAGGAGCAACAACGUGAAUUCGCCGCACCGAUCGGACUGCAGUGUACCGAAGUGCUCAAGCGCAUCUUCCGACAAUACUGGCGUGACCCAUCAUAUCUCUAUGGCAAGCUCUUUGUCUCAGUCAUUGUUGGUAUCUUCAACGGCUUCACCUUCUGGCAGCUCGGCUACACGGUUCAAGACAUGCAGAACCGCAUGUUUACAACGUUCUUGAUCAUCACUCUCCCUGCCACGAUCGUCAACUCUGUUGUGCCGAAGUUCUAUACCAACAUGGGUCUGUGGUUGGCUCGCGAGUACCCAUCACGUAUCUAUGGCUGGUUUGCGUUUACGACUGCACAAGUCGUUGCGGAGAUCCCGAUCGCUAUUGUGGGCGCUGUCAUCUACUGGGUCCUCUGGUACUGGCCAACCGGUCUACCUACCGAGAGCUCAGUAUCCGGCUACGUCUUCCUGAUGACGGUUCUCUUCUUCCUCUUCCAAGCCAGCUGGGGUCAAUGGAUUUGCGCGUUCGCGCCGUCCUUCACCGUCAUCUCCAACGUGUUGCCUUUCUUCUUCGUCAUGUUCUCGCUCUUCAACGGCGUUGUGCGUCCAUACUCCUCCCUUCCCGUCUUCUGGAAGUACUGGAUGUACUGGGUUAACCCGUCCACAUAUUGGAUUGGUGGCGUAUUGGCGGCGACCUUGGACGGUGUUCCUGUGCAGUGUGCCGAGUCAGAAACAGCUCACUUCGAUGCUCCCAGCGGCUUUACAUGCAUGGAGUAUGCGGGCGCUUACGCAAAUGCGACAGGCGGGUACUUGCUGAACCCCUCCGCCACAGCUGACUGCCAGCUAUGUCAGCUGUCGACCGGCAAUCAGUACCUGGCCACGUUGAACAUCGAUGCCUCGCAGAAAUGGCGCGAUUUUGGCAUCUUCCUCCUCUUCACAUGCACUAAUUGGCUAUUAGUGUACUUCUUUAUCUACACUGUGCGCGUCAAGGGCUGGUCAUUUGGCUUUGGUCCAUUGUUCCGCUUUUUGGGCAAAGCCGUGGAUUUUGCGAAGAAGCCUUUCACACGCUUCUUUGAAAAGCGAAGAAAAUGAGUUUGCUCCGAAGAGAGGAAGAGUCUCGGAAUGUAUGUUGUGCAUGAUGAAUUUAAAUACACGCGGCCCAAUGUGCUUGUAUGAAAAGCGAUGAUACCA